GCAACAGCGCCAUCUGUCUGCCUAGAAGUUUACCUUCUGAGAGAAAGUAGUAAACUCGUCCAUUUGUAUUUCAACGUCGUGAUGUCUCACAGAAAGUUCAGUGCGCCACGUCAUGGAUCAAUGGGAUUCUACCCCAAAAAGAGAUCCCAGAGACAUCGUGGUAAGGUAAAGGCUUUUCCAAAAGAUGAUCCUUCAAAACCUGUCCACUUAACGGCCUUCAUAGGUUACAAAGCUGGUAUGACCCACGUGGUAAGAGAGGCAGACAGACCUGGAUCAAAGAUCAAUAAGAAAGAAAUCGUAGAGGCUGUAACAAUUUUGGAAACUCCACCCAUGGUAAUUGUUGGUGUUGUUGGUUACAUCGAAACCCCACAUGGUCUUAGGGCUUUGGCCACAGUUUGGGCUGAGCAUCUCUCUGAAGAUUGCCGCAGACGUUUCUACAAGAACUGGUACAAGAGCAAGAAGAAGGCAUUUACCAAAGCUUCUAAGAAAUGGAGUGAUGAUUUAGGAAAGAAGUCCAUUGAAAAGGACUUGAAGAAGAUUGUUAAAUACUGUAAAGUCGUCAGAGUUAUUGCUCACACUCAGAUGAAAUUGUUGAAGCAACGUCAGAAGAAAGCUCACAUUAUGGAAAUUCAAUUGAAUGGUGGUAGCAUAGCUGAUAAAGUAGCUUGGGCUAAAGAACACCUUGAAAAACCUAUCCCCAUUGCCAGUGUUUUUGCUCAAGAUGAAAUGAUUGAUUGCAUUGGUGUUACUAAGGGUCAUGGAUACAAAGGUGUUACUUCUCGUUGGCACACAAAGAAAUUGCCUCGCAAGACACACAAAGGUCUUCGUAAAGUUGCCUGUAUUGGAGCAUGGCAUCCUUCAAGAGUAUCAUUCACAGUUGCACGUGCUGGUCAAAAGGGUUACCAUCAUAGAACAGAAAUGAACAAAAAGAUCUACAGAAUUGGUGCUGGAAUCCACACUAAAGAUGGCAAGGUUGUUAAAAAUAAUGCAGCCACUGCCUAUGAUCUUAGUGAAAAAACUAUUACCCCAAUGGGUGGUUUUCCUCAUUAUGGUGAAGUUAACAAUGACUUUGUUAUGAUUAAGGGAUGUUGUAUGGGACCAAAGAAACGUGUUAUUACAUUGAGGAAGUCAUUAUUAGUUCACACUAAACGUAUUGCUUUGGAGAAGAUCAACCUUAAAUUCAUUGAUACCUCAUCCAAAUUUGGUCAUGGUAGAUUCCAGACAGCUGCUGAUAAAGCUGCAUUCAUGGGUCCACUCAAAAAAGAUAGAGUUAAGGAAGAAGAGAAGGCUGCUGCUCCUGCUGCAGCUGCAUCUAGUUAAAAUGUAAAUGUUUUUAUUGUUUGACAAUAAACAUCAUCUAUAAGUACUACUUUUUA